CCAUAUUCGGCGCACGGAGCACGUCUCUAGCUGCCUGCUUCUUCCAUGUGCUAAGUGAUAACUUUCCUUAUUUACUGUGUUCUCUACGGAUUGACAGUUUUAAUAUGUUUUGCAAUGACUUAAGGCUGUUCUAAGUUUGAUUCAGUUACUGUUCGCCUCUUCCACCACACACCUUCAUAAUGUUUUCUCUAUGCCGACGCUACAAAGACGAACACGAACACGGAGGGACUCAAAUUAAAGGAGGUUACAUGCUUCGUUAUAAACGUAAAUAUUUGUGGAGCACUUGGUCAGAGGAAUGGGUGGUCCUGUACGACGACUCUACGAUGGCCUGGUUUAAGGACGCAUCUGGAAAAUGCCUCGCAACGCAGAAGCAUUUGGUGAAGGAGAGCCCGGAGAUGUUGGCGAUCGCGACGUGGACGGGGCAGGUCCCGCGGCGACCUCCACUACCACCUGGCGCCAAGCUCUCACAACUGAUGGCUCUGGGUUCACGGCGAAACCCUGGCCAUGUUGUCUGGAUGCUCGCGAAGUCUGAUGCUGAAAUUAAGGACUGGAUGACUGCUAUCUCGAAGACUCUUCCUCCACCACCGCACAUCGAGCUCGUCAUGUCGAUGCCGUAUCUGCGGACGGCGUUCAAACGACCAACUGUCAGAGUUCGACCGACGUCUUCAGAGAUGUACACACGGAGCGCUAGAAACGCUACGGGGGCGCUUGAAGGUCGCGGACUGGUUGCUGUUAUAAAGAGACAGGUGCCUCUUGCAGGGCAGCUCAACCAUGAGCUCGCCUGGGGGCAGGGGUGGGGAUGGGUCACCUUGCCCAAUGGCGUGUGGAGUGGACGUUUGACAUGGUCACAAGAUGGCGAUGACUUCGCUCUCCACGCCAUGCCCAUAAUGCACCACACGAACGUCUCCCAGGCUUGUUCCAUACUCGACGGAGUCACAGCUUACGAAGCCUCAGCCUACGAACAGGCUCUUGCCGAAUACGACGACACUGCCACGACUUCCGACGACUGGGAUUUCGGAGUCGACUGCGGAGAUUUUAUGAUGUAGACUGCCAUUUACGAUGUGUAUACGUCAAUUUGAGUUCGAUAUUAUUGUGGCCUUGAAUUUCGUUUCGACAUAACUUGAAUAUAAACCUUGUCAAACCCUAUGGUAUAAUAAUAAAUACUCCGCCUGGUUUUCUCUUCCCGUGGCUGGAUCACGUGAUAAGAAGCCUAAGAAUACAUCAUCAGUUAUGAUGACUGUUCUCAAACUUUUUCCGAGUGAAACAAUGCUAUAGACUUGCUAUGGAUGUGAGUGUAUGUCACACGCACUGACCUCUACUUUUUUGUGCCUGUUUGAUAUUCGCCAUUUUGGCGCUGUUGGCCAUGUAGCGAGAUUGUGCGGUACUAAAACAAGUGAUGACAACCUCAGCAAACAUCGAUGGUGGGGAACUAUAUACAAAAAAAGAUUAUGUACUUUAUUACGUUGAUUCUUGAAGUAUAUAUAUCACGGAAAAUGAACGAAAUUAAUUCAAAAUGCAAAAAUACUUCAGAGUAUUGUACGUUCCUUCGCAGCUUCAUACGUCAAAAUUAGUUCUCUGGACGCUCGCGAAUGGCGCUUCAAAGAGGCACAAAAAAUUUGCUGUCAUACAUAUGGAAGAGCCAGUCCAGUGGUAUUUAUACACGUCAGUGGUCACAAGCCAAUAUCGAUGAAGUGGCGAGCUGUCAGUAUGACAUAUUAUAUAUCGUGUCGUAGUCUUAGGCCAUCGUAGUAAGAGAAUACCAAACGGAGUAUAUUAUUAUAUAUAUUAUACUAUGGCCAAAACUUGCCAAUUUCCCAUUGACAUAUUAUGGAAUACAAGUUUGUUUUUGAAUCUCUCAAUGUUCCACGUUCUGGUUACAACUCAAAUAAGGUGCCAAUUAAUUAAUGAGCGGCUUAUGGAUUUUAUACAAUAACCAUUUUUGGUAAUGAGAGUGGAAAUUUUACAAUAUAAUUGGAUUUCUCUUUGCAUGCACUAUAGAACUGUCUUGUCAUAGAAAAUGUGUGUAGUUACAAUAUAGAUCUACGUGUUUUAUCUAUACGGCCUAUAGUUAGGUUCAAAUGUCUUAGGAAGUAAUCUGAGCACUACUAGAUGAUGUAAUAAAUAAAAGAUAUUUGAUAAUAAAUAAAAAAAUAUAUAACUCAAGGUAUACUCCCUUUUUUGUAUAAAUACAGUGUUGUAAAUGUUUUUUUUUUCAUAUGGACUCUCGAGUACGAAAAGUUUUCAUGUUAUGAAAUUUUUCGAUGAUUUACACAACACUAAUCCAGGGUAAUGAGUCUUGUAUUCCCGUGAAUCUUUAUAAUUCAAUACACUGAUAAUCGCACAAAACGAUGUUGAAUUCCAUGUUAUAUUGAAAAUAUAUUUUUUAUUUUUAUAGUAUAAGUAAUUCGCUUCAUUCCCAAUAACACCAAAUUAAAGAUAAUAUUAAAGACAAUUGUGAAGUUCUAUUUUAGAUUUAAGAGGCGUCGAUGUUAGCAUAGUUUGUUAGGGUUGGGCCCCACUACUAUUAUUAAACAAAAUUAGGGUGGGUCUAGAUACAUUUGAACAUAUAACUAAGUCUGAUUUGACAUCUAAAAUGUAAAUAACAAUCGAAUUAACAAAAUGUUUCACAAGAUAUCUUGUGUUAUACGAACAUUAUGUCAAAUUAUAUUAAGUUGAAUUAUUGAAUCUCCAUCACGCAUCGCAAUGGGAUGGUGACCAUCAGAUGCGGAAUUUUUUGAAGACUAAGCAGUUAAAGGCUAGACGGGUUAUUUUUAGUACAUAUUUUUUCCUUGUUACAGCAAUCAUCGCCGGUUUAGCUAGUACAAUAUAAAAGUAGAUAAUUGUAGGGGACCCAGUGCUAUGUGAACGGUUGGAUCACUUGGCGUUGCGUAGAGACGUCGCUUCAUUGUGGAUGCCCCACCAUCUGGAUGUGUGGCGUUCCUCCACAGUGCGGUAUACAAGGAACUUUCUUCCACGAACUACCAUUCUGUAGAAUGAGCUUCCUUCUAUGGUGUUUCCAGAACGAUGCGACAUGGGUACCUUCAAAAAAAAGCACCUACAGUUUUUUAAAGCGCCGGCAACGCUCUUGUGAUUACUGUGGUGUUGAAAGAGAAUGUUGGCGGCGGUGAUCACUUAACACCAGGUGACCCGUACACUUCUUUGUCCUCUCUUCCACAAAAAAAAAAACUAACCAAGCACGCGAGAGACGACCGGGUCGUCACUAGUAACAACAAUAAAACAGAUGGUAAUUGUUCAAUUCACGUUCCGAGUAUAAAGACCCAUCCUAAGUAAUUAUUUACCGAAUUCCCUCACCGUGUUUUAAUGUAUGCUACUCAAUGUGUGUUUAUGAAAUAUUUGUGUCACAAAGCAAAAGAAAAAUUAGGUAUAAUGUAGGACCAAUAAACCCCCCAAUUGGCCCCUGUUCAAACAAUUAUCGGUGUAAGUAGAUGUUUUAGUACUUUAUCUAGUCGCUAUAAAAUCUUCCGACCUACCCAAAGACUGCCUUACGUAAGUAAUCCUAGUGCCUGGGUAUUAGCUGCGGCCAAGGGUUACUGGGAACUGCGAUUAGUGUCCUUACCUUGCAAAUGAAUAACUACAUUGCAGGAUUAUUUAAUAUAAAUAAUUAGAAAAUAAUUAAUUGUAUUACAGACGUGAACAUAAUACGAAAUAAAUGACCUAAUAUCAAAAGAUUCGACCCUUGAUAUGAUUUAUAUUUGUACAGUUUAUUUUUAAAUACUUUUUAUGAAAUAUUUCAUAUUUAAAACGUUGAACUAUGAAUAUGAUUCAUAUAUUGGAUACUACUAAUUUAUUAUGUAUAUUAAAGCCAUUGUAAAAUACCAAUUUUAAUUGAUUUAAAAGAUGUCCGUUGAGUUUUUUGCACGUUCUUUUCACGAGAUUCUUCCGAGCAUAUUAUUGUACAUUCAGUAAAUAAAAUUAAAUAUUUAUAAUGAAGAUUCAAAACCACUGAGUUAAAGUCUAUUUGAAUAUAGUUUCUUUGACUUGAAAAACAUACUCUAUGGUUAAAUAGUGCUGUCACAGACAGCCGCGGCACCGCCAAUUAGUAUUCAGUGUGAUGUUAAUACUAAUAAUUUCAAAUUACUACCAAAAAAUUUUAUUACGUAUGUACUGUGUGCUUUACGACGUCAGAUAAUAAAAUACUGUUUUCAGGAGAUAAUUCAUUCGUUACAUGAAACGGAAUGUUAUAGUUUAAGAAACAUAUAAAAUUAUUUAUGAAUAACUAAUGAUUGUCAAUUUAAACCAGACUUAAAUCCUGCAAUGUAUCUAUAAAUAUUGUAGGAAAUUAGUUAGUAAUAAAUGUGUGUUAUUGUAAUAUGUAUGUGUAUUGGAACGGAGUUUCGAUGUGCCAAUCUUAAACAAGUUAUUUUCAUUAAAUAAUUAUUCAUUGCACUAGAUGGCAUAGUUUCACUGAAUUAUAGUUAUUGAUUGACGCUGGUUUCGUCAUUAAAGUACCAUAUUUUUAUAAUGCUUGCAUCUUAUCAUAGUUAUAUUAUUGAUUAUAGCAUAAUAUACCUACACUAUAUUUUUCAAUUAAUUUUAUAAUCAAAAAAUUGCACAAUUUUGCAAUUGAGGCCUGUAUUCCAAUUAAUAAUUCUGUAUGUAAUUUGUAUUACGUACUACAUAAUGCUUUGAAUAUUGUAUAUUGUUUUCGUUAUCUGUGUAAUGCUAUGGAAAAGAGAACGGAUAUGAGAGGCAUGCUUUUAAGCACCACUUAGAAUACAGGCUUUAAUUAUAUUAUGUAGCAAAAAUAUAUAUUUGUAAAUAAUACCAGAGCAAGAUAUUAUAAAUAACAGUUUUCUUUAUAUUCGCCCUUAAGUGAAGUAUUUCUUUAUUAGCAGAAUAUUAAUUAUUUUUGUAUGUGUUCUAUAAUUAUUGUUUUAGUAUUUUAAGUGUACCGUGAUUGAAACAUCGAUUCAAAGUAGACAUACACAAAGUGUGCAAGUUUAAUAUUGCGAUAUCGGGAGAAGUUUAAUUAGUUAUAUUAAUGUUCCGAUGGAAAGUAUAAUUAUGCAAAAAAAAUAGAAUUUUAAUUCAUCUUAAUCUGUGAAAAUUUAUUAUAUUGAAUCUAUAUUAUCUUCUACGCCCAUAAAGGAUAAAAUGAUGUUCUAUACCUAACUAAAGAAUAGCUUAACGUCAUAGUCAUGGCGCCAUUAAGCAACGCUUUCAUUGUGAAACAGCGCUAACACGUACGCAAAUGUACUCUCUACUGACACACAUAAUUUUAGAUAGUUUCAUAAACUAAAACAGGAACUUGACACUAAGAAAAUGUGUUUGUAAAGGUUUAAUGGGCUGAGUAAUCGCGUCUAUUACAACCAAAAUACUGAACUUAAUAGAGACAGUUGAUUUUAAAUAUAAGUGUAAAUAUUAUGAGAAGACACAUGUAAUACUGGCCUAAGUGAUCGUUCAAUAAAAUGGACUUUAUCAAAAGUGGUAGAAUCUCGAGAUUGCCAUAACUGAAAAACCGCACAAGUGCAAGUCGAACUCACCCGUACAAUUUUUUAUUAUGUAUAAAAUUUAAAUUUAUAGUUUUUAGAUUUUUUCCUAUACUUGUAGUAUAAGACGGUAUUGUUUGCCAUAUUUCAUACUUCUAGGUACCCAUAGAUACAAUACCCUAUAAAUAUUAAUUCCAUUUAUAGUAAAGAAAUCUACGUUUUUUGUGGCAUACACGACCGAAUUUUGUUUUACGUUACCUUAGAAGUUUGAUUUUUUUUUCAGCUUCAAGACACUGUAGACCAGAUCAUAUCUUUUUAAUUUCAACUCAAUAACUCCACACGUUCCAGAGACAGACAGACAGAUGGACAUCGGACAUCAAAAUGUUUUUUCUAUUGAGUUACGGAAUCUUAAAAAACCUUUUGGUAUCGCAAUAUCGAACAGGCGUGUGUAAAAUGACAAAUAAUUGUAGAGGUAGAUCGGUUGUCAGAUGUUACUGUGUCCGUAACGGCAUGAUCACUAUAAUAUAGAUACGUUCAUCUAAAGUGGAUGUUUGUAUGUAACUUUUAUAAAAUAAAACCGUUG